AUGGGGCAGAUGGGUUUACCAGGUCCUGAUGGUCUCCGGGGUGAGAAUGGUAUCCAGGGUGAGAGAGGUUUCCCUGGGUUAGAUGGCAGGCCUGGUGCUAAGGGGGAGGCAGGAGAAGAUGGAAGUCAAGGCCUGAUAGGAUUCCCUGGGGACAGGGGUAACCCAGGACCUGCAGGUCUGGAUGGUCUUCCAGGAUCUGGUGGGGACAGGGGGCUGGAUGGACUCCCAGGGGCCAGAGGCAGGAAGGGGGCUAGAGGCAAGGAUGGGGACAGAGGGUUCGAUGGAUUCCCAGGUAACGUAGGGCCCAAGGGAGAUACAGGAUUUGCAGGCAGGGAGGGGUUGCCAGGGCAACCUGGAUUAAGAGGAGAAGAUGGAUUCCCUGGAGGGAGUGGACAGAAGGGUGACCGUGGGGAGGAUGGAAGACCAGGAUCUCCUGGAGCAAAGGGCCAGAGUGGAGAAAAGGGCUCAAGAGGUUUCCCAGGAAGCAAAGGUUUUCCAGGAUUAGAUGCCCCUCCAGGCCAGCGCGGUGCAUCAGGAGAGCCAGGAAUCCCCGGAGCCCCAGGUUUGCCAGGCUCCCAGGGACCCCAGGGGCUGCCUGGAUUUAAUGGAGCCCCAGGGCUGAAAGGGUUUGAUGGAGAGCCAGGAAGAAGCUUUCCAGGAAGCAAAGGAUUUCCAGGAAAUCCAGGUCCUGAUGGAUUCAAUGGAUUGCUUGGCAGGAAGGGGGACCGAGGGAGAGAUGGUAAUCGGGGUCUUCCAGGGAUGAAGGGAGAGGAGGGACUCAGGGGACCCCAGGGAAACGAUGGACUUAGAGGGAACCCAGGGGAACAGGGGAGAGAUGGCUUACCUGGUUUUCAAGGUGCUCCAGGUUGCAAAGGUUUCCGUGGCAACCCUGGUCUGCCUGGCCUGGAUGGUGAUCCAGGUCGCCGUGGAGACCCUGGAACUCCAGGGUUUGACGGACAGCCAGGAAUUGAUGGUGUUAGAGGUCCAAAGGGAGAAGUGGGAGAGCCUGCGCCUCAGUUUAGCAGGGUUGGACCCAAGGGUUUCCCUGGAGACCCCGGACCAAAUGGAUUCCCGGGACUCAAGGGGCAGCCUGGAGAUGUGGGGCCCAAUGGUGAAUAUGCAAAUGAAAUAAAUUUCCUGGAAGAUUUAUUUUAA